UUUGCUGUCAACACGUGUGAUAAAACUUUUUGUGUAAAAAGGGCAUUUUUGUGUAUGAGCAUUUUUGCUUUUUAAAUUAAAAAUGAUUAAAAGAUUUAGGAAAAGGAAGUCUGAGGGUGUUGAAAAUGAAGUACCAAAUGAAUUAAAUUCAGAAGCUGAAAAGAAUGGCACCUUAACGGAUAAUGAAGAAGAGGAUUUGUUGCAAACACUAGAUGAUGAUGCUAUCGAAGAUAGUAGUGAUGCUGAUGAGGGCAUCGAUCAAACAUUUCAUUCGGGCAAUAGUGGUAGUAGCACUGAAUUGGAAUUUGAAAGCGGCGACGAGCAGUUUUCUGACGAAGAGAAUGUUAAGGAUGAUGAUAAAAAUGUUAGUAAUGACACCGAUGACGACUCAAUAAAUGAAGCCGAGAUUGAAGAUAUUUCCACAAGCGAUGAAGAUGGGGUAAAAGAUUUGGAAGAUAAAGAACAGGAAACCAUAAUAUCUAAGAAAAUUGAAAAGACUAAGAAAUCUGCAAAGAAAAACAAUCAAAAAUUGGAGGAUGUUCAACCUUCCACGUCCACCCUCUGUAAAUCUAAGGUUUCUGUCCUCCAGGAAUUUGGUAAAGAACUGAAAACUUCGCCAAAAUCGAAAGAACGGAAAAAUCUCUUAAAAAAGUAUCAAAUUGGCAAAGAAUACGAGAAUUCAGAUACUUCCGAUGAAGAAGAUAUACGAAAUACGGUCGGCAAUAUACCUAUGCAUUGGUAUGAUGAGUAUAGGCACAUUGGGUACGAUUGGGAUGCCAAAAAAAUUAUUAAACCUCCUAAAGGAGAUCAAAUCGACGAUUUCUUGCGUAAAAUAGAAGAUCCCAACUUUUGGCGUACUGUUAAAGAUCCUCAAACUGGACAAGAGGUAGUAUUAACGGAUGCUGAUAUCGAAUUAAUUAAACGCAUUAAUUCGUCACGCAUACCGAAUCCUGAGCACGAUGAAUAUGAACCUUGGAUCGAUUGGUUCACAAGAGAAGUGGAGAAAAUGCCUAUAAAAAACGUCCCUGACCACAAGAGAUCAUUUCUACCUUCGGUUUCAGAGAAAAAGAAAGUUGGUCGUAUGGUGCACGCCCUCAAGAUGGGCUGGAUGAAGACAACCGAGGAGUUGGAGAAGGAGCGUAAAGCUAAACGGGGACCUAAAUUUUAUAUGCUUUGGGAGACAGAUACUGGCCGCGAGGCAAUGCGACGUAUACACGACCCAGUUUCUGCACCGAAACGAGAUUUGCCUGGUCAUGCUGAAUCCUAUAAUCCUCCGCCUGAGUAUUUGUUUGAUGAAAGAGAAGAAAGAGAAUGGUUGAAAUUGAAGGAGGAACCUCAUAAGCGAAAAUUGCAUUUCAUGCCACAGAAAUAUAAAUCUCUGCGCGAAGUUCCUGCUUAUCCACGUUAUUUGCGCGAGAGAUUCUUACGUUGUCUUGACCUCUACCUAUGCCCUAGAGCUAGAAGAGUUAAGUUAAAUAUAGACGCUGAGUAUUUAAUACCGAAAUUGCCGUCGCCUAAAGAUCUGCAACCGUUCCCUACCGUGGAGAGUAUGAUUUAUGAAGGCCAUAAAGACUUGGUACGUAGAAUUAGCGUGGAACCCAAAGGUGAAUACAUGGUCUCGGGAUCGGAUGAUAAAACUGUUAAAAUUUGGGAGAUUGCGACUGGCCGUUGUAUACGUACUAUCGAAACAGAAGAUGUAGUGCGUAGUGUGGCUUGGUGUCCCAAUCCUAAGCUCUCUAUAAUAGCGGUUGCCUCUGGUAAUCGUUUACUGUUAAUUAAUCCUAAGGUUGGUGAUAAAAUGUUGGUUAAGAAAACCGACGAGUUGCUAUCUGAAGCUCCACAACUUGACGCAAUGGAAAACGAGCGCAUUAAAACUGCUGUCCAGUGGGCGACUGCUGACGCAAAAGAACAGGAGAAAGGCGUACGUUUAAUACUUACGCAUUUUAAGGUGAUACGACAGGUUACUUGGCACGGUAGAGGCGAUUAUUUUGCAACAGUUAUGCCAGAGGGAGCCAAUCGUUCGGCUUUAAUUCAUCAACUAUCCAAAAGACGUUCUCAGAUACCUUUUAACAAAAGUAAAGGAUUCAUUCAAUGCGUUCUGUUCCAUCCCAUCAAACCGUGCUUCUUUGUGGCGACCCAGCAUAAUAUACGUAUCUACGAUUUGGUUAAACAGGAACUAAUCAAAAAAUUAUUAACUAAUUCAAAAUGGAUAUCUGGCAUGUGUAUACAUCCGAAGGGUGAUAACCUUUUAGUUUCUACUUUUGAUAAAAAAAUGUUAUGGUUUGACUUGGAUUUGUCAACUAAGCCGUAUCAAACUAUGCGCCUGCAUAAAGGUGCUGUUCGUAAUGUUGCUUUUCAUUUACGUUAUCCAUUGUUCGCAUCUGCAAGUGACGAUCAAUCCGUUAUAGUAUCACAUGGCAUGGUUUACAACGAUUUACUACAAAAUCCGCUAAUCGUUCCUCUUAAAAAAUUACAAACUCAUGAGAAACGUGACGUGUUUGGCGCACUGGAUGUAGUAUGGCAUCCCGUACAGCCUUGGGUAUUUUCCUCAGGUGCUGACUGCACAGUUCGAUUAUAUACAUAAUCAUGUAGACGUUUUUUUUCGUCAAUGAUUAAAACCAUUUGUUUCGCCUAAGGAAUUCAAAGCUUAUACGAAGCGCGAAAAAGUCUGUGUGCUUGCAGUUGUUUUAGCGGGCUUGGAUAUUAACCCCCACUGCUGACUCUACUCCAUUUAACUAUUCUAUAUAUAUAACUUUGUAGAAAUUAUCU